AUGUAAGAAAACUUAAUUCAAAUUGACUUUUCAUAAAUCGAAAGCUUAGAUCCCUGUAUACAAGGAGGAUAUAAGAUAAUUUUCAAUUAAGAGAUCCCCUUCAUGAUAAAAUUUCCAGACUAAGAAGAUUAAAGCAUUGUUGAAACUAUCAGAGUUAGAAUUAUGAUUUUGGUAUUGAAAAUUUUAAAUUAUCAAAAAAGGGUAGUGGCAAAGACUUAUAGCAAUUAACUUUAGAGUUGUCAAGUGAGAAUGAUCUAUUUUUCUAUUAUUUUCACACAGUUGAUAAAGACAAUUUUCAAGUUGUUAAAACAAAUUAAAAGCUCAAUACAGAUUUCUUUGGGUAUCCAGAAGUAUGCGUUAAAACAUUCAAGAGAUGUUAAUUAGAAUAAUAGCAGUAAAUAAAUUGAUUAUAUAUGGCAAGUUUUGCACCCAUAUUAUAUAUUUAGCAAAAUGCAAGAGCAUAAGUGAGUAUUAUUUAAACAUUGGAGUACAAAGAAUUGACUUUAAUAACUUUUGAAAUGAUUGCUGGAGAUGAAGAAAUCAUUAAAUAGCAUGUGUACUAUAAACAUGGAGCAGUCAAAUCUAAGUUUUAGAUAUUAAAUGCCAAAAUAAAAGAUGUAAAUAUAUUUUUUUAUUUUGCUUUCAGAUACAUGAAUUAGUCAAAGUGAAGAAUCCAUAAUUGUUGCUUCAUUUAUAAAAAUACCUUCCUAAUUGA